AUGUCGGAUCUGUCAGACUUUUCUGCGUCCGACUUCAGUCGGGAAUCGGAUACCUCCGACAACGAGAAGGGCUCAGGAAAGAAGGGGGAAAAGAAGUCGCUAAAUCAGAAACUCUUUGGCAAGCUAAAGCGAUCCACCAAAACUGACGUCAAGGUCGAAGCGGUGGACUCGGAUAGUGCCCCCGAAGUUAAAGAUGCUAAAAAGGACGGUGGAAAACCCCAAGAAUCGAAAAAACCCGCAGGGGGCGAUGCCAUAUCGAAAACUUCCAAAGACACGAAGACCGAACAGAGCAAUGCGAAGCCCGCCGCUAAGGAAUCUGCAGCGACUCGGAAAGGAAGAGAAUCCUCGUCGCCGGAGUCCGCCACAGGCAUCCUUUCACCGCCUGACUUCUUUUUCAGCAGCAUUGUCCAUGACGGGAAGGUGUUUCAGGCCAGGACGGAACACCUUGUCGUGGAGUUCAACAACAUCAUUUACAUUUGGGGAGGCAGCCAGGCGGGCACCAUCUACGAUGACCUUAUCAGUUUCGACCCGUCAUCCAAUACGUUCAGCACCAUCGCCGUAUCCGGGAAGAGACCGUCUGCACGCACGGGUGCGUCUCUGGUUGCGCGGGCUGACCGAGGUGGACACGGACUCUUGACUCUGUGGGGCGGCCACGACGGCGAGAAGUUGACAAACCAGACGUGGAACUUCGACACGACAACAAGAACCUGGACGAACGUCGCCACCAAAUCCACACCCAGUGCACGAAAGGGCCACUCGAUGUGUGGCAGUGGCGAUGCCUUGUAUCUCUUCGGAGGCAUGGACUCAGUUGGUGUGACGGCGGAUGGAUAUGUUCUCAAAGGAGAAAAGUGGACCAAGCUAAAAGGCGAUGAACUCCCUCCUGCGCGGUGUUUCCACACGGGGACGAUCGCAAACACCAGCAAGGUGAAUGCGAUGUUUGUAUUUGGAGGCGAUUUGUCGGGAAGCGGGCGCCCCGCGAAUGAUCUUUGGCGCUACGACAUCAAGCGGGAGGAGUGGUCCCUCAUCUCUGAUGCAAGCGGCGAGGCUCCUGCGCCACGCUUCAAGCACGCGUCGGCCUUUUAUGAAGAGCGCAUCUGGAUAUCUGGAGGCCAGACUGCCGGAUGGUUCAGCAUCUACGCCGUGUCCGAUUUCUUUGCCUACGACGUCGCUGCUAAUUAUUGGUUCAAAUGCGAUGUAGCCGUCAAGCAGCUUGGCUACCACGCAAACUUCGGCUCCCUCGCCCUCGUUCCCCAGACGAAGGCGCUGUACAUAUUUGGCGGCAGUGAUUCUCGCGGCCAGCCAACGUCAGAUGUUUAUCGCCUCGCACCCGUAUGCACCACGUUCGCAGUGCUCGACUUGAGACGUGAACUGACGGAGACGAGUUCUGAGAUUAAGCAGAUGCAGGAGGAAGUGGACAAAUCUGCAGUUGCCGCAGGUCGAACCAUUGAACUUGCAGCAGCCUUGGAAAAGGAUACCAUCGCGGCAUUGAGUAAAGUGGCGGACCUUUCCUUGGACGUGGACAGUUUCCAGAAGGGUAUCGCGGACAUGAUCGCCACCAGUUCUGCUUGCAAAGAGAAUGUUGAGCGGGUGCGACAACGCCUAGACAGUAUGGAGCUGAAGUUCGUGACGUUCGCUCAGUUCGAGCGGAAGUUCGAGCUAAUCGAAGCAAGCAUCACAGAGAUCUUCAAGAAGCUUGAGGAUAAGGCAGAUACAUCUGCCGUGAGGAAGAUCGCUAGCCAAAUACAUGGCUCGGACUCCGACGACGACAAUUCAGACUAA